GUCGUGUCUACACGUUUUAAAACAUGAGGACGACGUCGAACUAAAAGCGUUUGGGACUCGUGUUCAAUUGUUACAGCAGGAGCAUAUAAAGGCGAUUCAAUCUUGUCAGUUUCUUACUUUUUUUCAGUUCCCUUACUUCUUGUCGUCGUAACUCAUGAUGCUCUCCCCUCAAACGGAACCGAUCAGCAGCGUACCCAGGAUACCGCAUGUGUCGGUCCUGCCUUCGCUAUUCCACCUUCUUUCUCAGUCAAGUCUCAUCCGGAACCCUUUUUUAGUAUCCUCCAUUAGUAUUUCGUAUAAAUCAUCCCAUCUCCUCAUCCCCCAAUAUCAGUUUCAUCAUGUGCUACCUAUAUGGAUCGACUGACCCAGCAUCUGUACUCUGUCCCAUGUGUAAAGUAUUCAAGCCGAGCGGUAACAGAUGCCCUCACAUCCGUGAUGUAUGUUACAACAGAGCCUUGCAUCCUCGUCAUGACGUCGUUCACCUUAAGAAUGCAGAGGUCAAAUCUUUUAAUGGAUGUGGUUAUUGCAAGUGGGCUCGCGCUAAUCCAUCCUCAAAAGUUAGCUUGCAUCAGAAUCCCGGUUGGCCCGGAUGCUGCCGACCUCCAAAUUCCAACGAGCAGCGCCUCAUACAGGCUGCAGAUUGGCCUAGUGUCAGCAUCGUCCAUAGCAUACCAAUGCCUCCAGAGAUAAAAAGUAUUCUCGAAAGCGUACGGGGUGCCAUCCUGCCUGGCGUCUCGCCUACAAAUCGCAGCCAAGCGUCCCAGCCGCCAAUGCCAUCACUGGAUCGUAGAAACAGCGGUAGCAGUCCCACGACCAGGUCUAGCCCAACCUCUGGGAAGAAUCAGGCAAUGCCCAUUCCGGCAAGAGGUCGCUCAGGUGGAAGUCCUGUACAACAGAGUUCUUCUCUCACAGGGACGACACCACGAUCGUCUGGACCCCUGUCUUCAUUUGCAAAUUCAGCAGAGCAGAUCACACUGCCUCGUCGCCAGACAGUAUCAGAAGGGGUAGAGAAGACGAACCGCACACCCUCCAUGCGCAGAGCGACAGACUUGGACGGGUCACUGUCACGGCGUAACGGCGGAGCACGACCUUCAUUAUCCUCGGUCUCCUCACCUUUCAACUCAUCCAAGCCUUCUGGGGAGUACUGCCCGCCAGCUCCUUACCCAUCUCCCGUCGACGGCAUUCCCACGAACUCGCAAGAUUCCACCGUAUCUUCGCGACGAUCCACAUUAGAAGGCGCUAUGGCAGCGUUAAAGGUUGGGAGCACUGCAGGGAGCAGCAGUGAUAGUGGUAGCUCGCAAGGCUCCUUAUCAGAUACGACCGUAAUCUCCGAUGGGGGCUUCACAGAUUAUUUGUCAGAUGAGUCGGAGGCAGAAUUACAGAGGCAGGCAGAGGCCAAGGCAGCUCUGGUUGCGCAGAAUCAAGCAGAGGAACAAGAGUUCAAGGCUGCCAGGCAGCAACUUGCCGGAGUUGGCUUACGACCGCCCAAGUCCUGGGAUGAUACCAAUGAUGCUAUUCCGCGUAUCGCAGGAAAUCAUGCAGUGAGCUAUGCGCAUCAUCCAGCGUAUGCAACUCCUGUAUUUGUACCUGCUGCUGUCGCACAUUCUGCUCGCGGAUGAAGGGGUAACUCUGCUGGACCUGCACGUUUUAUCUAUCAUGCAUCUUUUUAAACCUUUCGUGGUCGUCAAUAUUUGUAACCUGUUCUAUGGGUUCCAUUUGUACAAUAUCUGAUUCAAUUAGCUCGAACUACGUUGCUAGCUAUUAUAGCAGUACCGAUACUUGGACUGUAGUCGGUAAACAAUUUUGUUUGCUUGAUCAAAGUUUGUGGUUG